UUCGCGGGAAAGGGGGGAAACAAACAGAAGAUCAAAGCACAGGAAUUGCUCCGACGAAUAUAUAUAUUUUUUUUAAAUCGUCGGGCUUCGGCUGAGUUAGAGAAAUGCUUUUUCGCUCCAUUGUUGAAAGAGGAGUCCGUAAACGGAGGCGCAAUGACCUCAGCCCAAAGUACCCGUUGUCCUCUCUGCUGAACGGCUACCAGUGUGCACGGCAUGAUGAACACAUCUCAUACGGGAAAAUGGGGGUAGCCGUGCCCCCUUUUGGAUGCGCCUUCUCUACAGCUCGAGGGUUGCAGAGUGUAUUUGCUGUGGCCAACGAGGAGGGUGUCUUGAGGCUCUACAACACAGAUAACAGACAGAGUCCAGUCCUGAAAGAAUGGAUGGUACACGAGAAUGCUGUCUUUGACCUUGCUUGGGUGCCAGGGGAGGCUAGCUUGGUGACUGCAUCAGGUGAUCAGAUGGCCAAGCUGUGGGACGUGGCAUCGGGGGAACUCCUUGGCAGCUUCAAGGGGCACCAGUGCAGUCUCAAGUCUGUUGCAUUCACACAGCAGGAGAAAGCUGUGUUCUGUACUGGGGGCCGAGAUGGGAAUAUUAUGGUCUGGGACACCAGGUGCAGCAAAAAAGAUGGAUUCUACAGGCAGGUGAAGCAGAUCAGCGGGGCUCACAAUAAGAUGGAUAGAAACACACCCUCUAACACGAAGAAGAGACGCCCAGGCACACGUGGCAUGGCCCCCUCUGUGGACUCCCAGCAGAGUGUCACUGUGGUGCUGUUCCGUGAUGCACACACCCUCAUCUCUUCAGGAGCUGUUGAUGGGAUAAUCAAGAUGUGGGACCUUCGGAAAAGCUACACUGCAUACCACCACGACCCCAUACCGCUCCAGGUGUACCCGUACCCAGGCUCCAGCACACGAAAGCUAGGUUACUCUGGGCUGGUGUUGGACUCCACUGGCUCCAACCUGUUCUCCAACUGCAUCGACGACAACAUCUACAUGUUUAACGUCAGUGGAUUGAAAACCACUCCAGUGGCAGUCUUCGCUGGUCACCUCAACUCCUCGUUUUACGUCAAGUCCACUGUUAGCCCAGACGACCAGUUCCUGGCUAGUGGCUCAAGUGACCAUCAUACGUACAUCUGGAAGAUCUCUGACCCAAAGCAGGCUCCUAUGAUGCUUCAGGGCCAUAACCAGGAAGUGACCUCCAUCGCGUGGUGCCCAACAGAUUUCACAAAGAUUGCUUCCUGCUCUGACGACAACACCGUAAGGAUCUGGCGUCUGGACCGGGGGACGGAUGGAGCAAAGUCCUCUGUCGGAGAGGCCAAUCUGGUGGGCUGGGCAUGUCCUAAACCUGCCACCACCGUGUCCAUUCCAAGGCCUUUGAACCACAUGGAGUCCACCCCAGCCAAGAGUCCCCAGGCAGGGAGUCUGGGGGCCCUGUCCUCCCCCCAGCCUGCCGCCUGCUCCAGUAGUAGAGCCGACGUGCCUCUACCCUCCAGCACCACCACCGCCUCCACCCUUCAGGGUGCUAAAGCCACCCUCCUAUGCCAGAAAACACCCUCUUCCAUCAGGAACUGGUUUUCCCGAACCCCUGGGUCUCCUUGGGGACAGGUCACCUCUCCUCUCCACACGGUGCUCAGCCCCCAGAGCCCAACCGGUACUCCUCCCUCGGAGAGGAGGGCCAAGCGCCGACUGGAGACGGGUGACUGUGGGGCAGCAGGGGGCUGCGAUGGUGCAGAGGAGUGCAACUGCAUUACUGAGCUCUACCCUGCAGCCAAGAGCAGCCGAGGACUGGCAGGCAUGUGCUGCCCCAGCCAGGAGCCACCUCAGGCGGGCACAGAGAGGAGUGAGGCUUGGGAAGGAGCAGACCUCCAGGUGGAGGACCCAUCCACACAGGCAGACAAGGAGAACCACUCUCCAGGUGGGGCAGACUGGUUGUCAGUGAUGAGCCAGAGGCUGAGGAAGGGUGUGGGAAACACCAGCAGCAUUCCCAGAAGCCCCAUUGCCUGCAAGAGGCGAGAUGGCAGGAUGCCCACCUCACUGGCAAUGCGCUCUCCCUCCCAAGCAAUGCGCUCACCACGAUCCAUGCAGAAAAUAUCCUCCUACUUCCAGCAAAAGACUUUGGAGUAAUCAGUUUGGAUUGAAAUUGUGCUCUCAGUGCUGAGUGAGAGCACAAUUAUAUGUAUUUUAAUUGGGAUCACUGUUCAACCGAAAAAUAUUUUUAAAGAUGCAUUUAUACAGUAUCAGUCAAAAAUUUGGACACAGCUGAGCUGCUCAUUCAAGGUUGUUUUUUUUUCUUUUUUUUCUACUGUUUUCUACAUUGUAGAAUAAUAGUAAAAACCUCAACUAUGAAAUAACACAUGGAAUCAUAUCGUAACCAAAAAAGUGUUAAACAAAUCAAAAUUUAUUUGAGAUUCUUCAAAGUAGCCACACUUUGCCUUGAUGACAGCUUUGCAUUCUCAACAAGCUUCAUCUGGAAUGCUUUUUCAGCAGUCUUGAAGGAUUUCCCACAUGCUGAGCAAAUGUUGGCUGCUUUUCCUUCACUCAUCCCAAACCAUCUCAAUUGGGUUGAGGUUGGGUGAUUUGUGGAGUCCAAGUCAUCUGACGCAGCACUCCAUCACUCUCCGUAUUGGUCAAAUAUCCCUUACACAGCCUGGGGGUGUGUUGGGUCAUUAUCCUGUUGAAAAUCAAAUGAUUGUCCCACUAAGCCCCAACCAGAUGGGAUGGCGUAUCACUGCCGAAUGCUGUGGUAGCCAUGCUGGUUGUGUGCCUUUUGAAUUCUAAAUAAAUCACUGACAGUGUCAGCAGCAAAGCACUAUCACACCACCUCCUUCGCAGUGGGAACAACACAUGCAGAGAUCAUCCGUUCACCUACUCUGCAUCUCACAAAGACAUUGCAGUUGGAACCAAAAAUCUCAAAUUUGGACUCAUCAGACCAAAGGACAGAUUUCCACUAGUCAAAUGUCCAUUGCUCGCUUUUCUUGGCCCAAGUAAGUCUCCUCUUAUUGGUGUCCUUUUAGUAGUGUUUUUUUUGUUGUUUUUUUUCAGCAGCAGCAAUUUGACCAUGAAGGCCUGAUGUUAUGCGGUCUCCCCUGAACAGUUGAUGUGUCUGUUACUUGAACUCUGUGACGCAUUUAUUUGGGCUGCAAUCUGAGUGCAGUUAAUUGUCCAUUUCUGAGGCUAGUAACUAAUGAUCUUAUCUCUGCAGCGGAGGUAACUCUGGGUCUUCCUUUUCUGUGGCGGCCCUUAUGAGAGCGAGUUUCAUCAUAACACUUGAUGGUUAUUCAUAUUUCUUCAUUUUUCACAGGAUUGACUGACCUUCAUGUCUUACAGUAAUGAUGGACUGCUUAUUUGAGCUGUUCUUGCCAUAAUAUGGACUUGAUCUUUUUGUUUAACACUUUGUUGGUUACUACAUGAUUCCAUAUGUGUUAUUUCAUAGUUUUGAUGUCUUCUCUAUUUUUACUAUUUUCUACAUUGUAGAAUAAUGAAGAGAACCCUUGAAUGAGCAGGUGUGUCAACUUUUCACUGGUAUUGUAGAUAUGUGGGUUGAUUCUUAACCUCAAUGGUUACAAUAUUGCGUAUCCUUAACAGGUUGUUCGCGCAACAUAGAAGACAAACUUUUGAGUUUCCUCGUCUCAUGUCUUUAUAUUGUGCAUUAACUUUGUAUACUUGGUGUGGCUUUUUCUGCCAUCAGUUUAUUCAUUUGUACAAGAUAUUGUAUGAGUUUUGUGAAAAUGUGGAUUUUGUGUGUGUAUAUACAUUAACUUUGAUUAUUGCUUGUAUAAACUGACUUUAGCCAAAGUUGCUUUGUCUUUCUGAACUUUUCAUUGAUUAAAUACCAUCACCUUGGCAUACAACUUUGGAGUGGUACAAAUCUAGGAUAAACUUUUCCUCCCUUAACCAUUAGUAGGUGAAAUUCUUCACCUUACCGUUCAUGUCAUGUUUGAAUUCCAGUGUUGGCUCCCCAUACUGAAUAAUUACCUGUGUCACUACCAUGUCACGCUACAAUUCAUGAAGUGACCAUGGGACUGGAAUUAGUACUGCAGAAAGCAUGUCCCCAGACAACAAUACUUGUAAAAUAAAAAAUGUUAAGAGGCAACUUUGUGUUGUUGGUAUUAUAGAAACAUGUCUAUGGUACUGUGUACUGCAUUUCUCAUUAGGUUUACAGCCCCAUGCAAUGCUGUUCAUCAGUAAAAGGUUUCCAACACUGGUCUCCAACCUGUUUUUACUGUAUACUUUGCCCCUCUGUUGUUUUAACCUGACACCAAAGGUUAUUUGUCACAUGCUUCGUACACAACAGGUGUAGACUAACUGAAAUGCUUACUUAUGGGCCCUUCCCAACAAUGCAGAGAGAAAUAAUAGAUAAUUAAUGACAUAAUUUCAUUAAUUUAGCAGACUCUUAUUCAGAGCAAUUUACAGGAGCAAUUAGGGUUAAGUGCCUUGCUCAAGGAUACAUCAGCAGAUUUUGCACAUAGUUGGCUCUGGGAAGCACACCAGCAACCUUUCAGUUACUGACCCAAUGCUCUUAACUGCUAAGCUA